UUGAAAACUCGCAGUCCGUCGCGCUCAGCAGAAGAGGAGCAGCAGAACUAAAUGUGACUUAUCUGAGCAUCAUCAUCAUCACAUCUGCGCCUCCGGGAGACAAAGAAGAGACGAACUCUGAAGAAGCAAACAACGCGACCAGAGCCUCCCGGAGUGAUAUGAUAUCAUCAUUAUUAUUAUAUCUCUCGACGUGACGACUGUUUGUCUGCCUCUAAUGUUUCCAACCCACUGAGACCAGGGGGAUUUAUUCCUUCUUUUGUUCUUUGCUUUUUGAUUGACUAUUAAUAAAAGCAGCCAAAACGAAUAAAUACGGGUCAUUAUGGUUUUGUUAACACUGCACAAUAGAAGAGGGUUGAAUUGCUUGUGCGCGCAGUUCUUGCUGUGGAUUUUAUGUGCUGUGGACGGUGAGGAGCAGCAAUUCAGUGUGGAGGCUUGGCUGCAGAGGUAUGGCUACCUCCCUUCCACUGACCCCAGAAUGUCCGUCCUGCGGUCAGAACAGACCAUGCAGUCUGCUAUCGCUGCCAUGCAGCGUCUCUACGGCCUUAACGUCACCGGUGAACUGGAUAAGAACACCAUUGACUGGAUGAAGAAGCCACGAUGUGGGGUGCCAGACCAGUUCGGCGGUGCCUCGAAAUUUAGCGUGCGAAAAAGACGUUACGCCCUCACAGGGCAGAAAUGGCAACAUAAACAUAUCACAUACAGUAUAAAAAACGUCACGCCUAAGGUGGGUUCGGAGGAGACCCACAAUGCCAUUCGCCGGGCGUUCGACGUGUGGCAGAACGUCACGCCGCUGCGUUUCGAGGCAGUGCCCUACAGCGACCUGGAGCGCAACAAGAAAGAUGUGGAUAUUACUAUCAUUUUCGCCUCAGGUUUCCACGGCGAUAGCUCCCCCUUCGAUGGAGAAGGGGGUUUCCUUGCACAUGCCUACUUUCCCGGUCCGGGGAUUGGAGGAGACACACACUUCGAUUCGGAUGAGCCCUGGACUCUGGGGAACCCUAACCAUGACGGGAACGACCUCUUCCUGGUGGCGGUACAUGAGCUGGGUCACGCGCUAGGCCUGGAGCACUCCAACGACCCCACUGCCAUCAUGGCCCCCUUCUACCAGUACAUGGACACAGAGAACUUCAGACUGCCACAUGACGAUCUGCAGGGCAUCCAGAAGAUCUACGGACCUCCAGAUAAACUUCUCCAGCCCACGAGACCUCUACCGACGGUCCCACUGGCCCGCUCGCACCCUCCCGCAGAUCCACGCAAAAACGACAGGCAGACGCGACCCCCGCGAAUACCGACCGGCGACAAACCAAUGCACCCCAACGCCAAGCCAGACAUCUGUGACGGCGGCUUCAACACGCUAGCCAUCCUCAGGAGGGAGAUGUUUGUCUUCAAAGUAAGCCAACGAAUGAGACAUUCAGCGCCUGUCAGAAAUACACAAAACAAACAGAUUCAUAUCCCUGUCUCUGCACGUUACCCAAAAGGCCUCUGUGGGCGAGACAGAGUCGAGAAAAUUGACCCUAAUUAUGUGUCAUCAUGGCCAGCCGAUCAUGGGGAGAUGGGAAAGGAUAGUGUUUUUUUUUUCUUCCUGCGCUCUAGUCCUGCAAGUUUCACUUACUUCUACAAGGACAAAGAGUACUGGAAGUUCAACAACCACAGGCUGCGGGUGGAGCCCGGCUACCCUCGCUCCAUCCUCAAAGACUUCAUGGGAUGCGACCUCAUGCCCAUCGACCCCGACAUGCUGCCGACGGAGGAUGAGGACGUGGUGAUUAAACUGGACAACGAAGCCAGCACGGUCAAAGCCAUCGCCAUCGUCAUUCCCUGCGUCCUGGCGCUCUGCCUGCUGGUGUUGAUCUUCACCGUCUUUCAGUUCAAGAGGAAGGGGACGCCCCGACACAUACUGUACUGCAAACGCUCCAUGCAGGAGUGGGUGUGAGUCACACGGCCACAAGACACGGUGGCGUAAACACCCUAAACUUGCGGACUUUGGCUCUCGACCUGCGUCUCGCUCAAGGAGAACAGCGAGGGCCUUUGCUUUGAUUCCCCCCUCCAGGAGACGAGGGGCGCAUUUCCCUCCAAAACUCCCUUCUCUUGUCCCAUUGGCCCCGGUGCACCCGCUGUAGGACUUGCGGGAGGCUUUCGGGAUUGCAAGGAUCCCAUGGUGCAUUGCACCAUCCAGUGCCACUGUUUGACGUGGAAAUCGCUGAUUGCUAUACCUUUAGGUUUUACAAGUGCACGCUGAAAACAUGAAAAAAUUAACGAAAAUGUCGCAGGGGUCGCGGUUUUUUUUACUUUCCGAAUUUUCGUUUGACUCCGAUCUAUUUAUUUUCAAACCGAAAUAUUUACGAUUCCCUUUAAAGCAUCCCAAACCAAAUAAAGACUCCAAAGAGGAUCUUUUUUCUUCUUUUUACGAUUUUUUUUUAUUAUUAUUAUUAUUCCCUCCCUGCUCUAAAUAUUUUGCAGUGAUAUGUAGUGGGGAAGUUUUGACUGUUGUGGCAGUCUGUCUCAAAAACAGGGGCCAAAAUAUUCUGCAAUAUUUUUAAUAGCCUUAAUUAUGGAUUGUGUUGUUGCUUUUGUUUCCGUUUAUUCGUUUGUUUUUAAGCACCGCUUCGUUUGUCCUGUCGGAUCGGCAGUGCAAUAUUGCUUUGCUCCCUUUGAGAUCGAUUUGAGACCUCAUUUUUGCCAGGGGCCGCACUGGAACGGGGCGGGACUCCUUAACCUCUGCCUAACAUAUCAGUCAAAACAGAGGGAAGACCAAGCCACUGCAACGACAAAUACUUUAUCGCGUUUUUUCCGUCCGACGGUAGAAUUGCAACGCAAAGGAAGUGCUUGAACCGUUUAUUGUGCUUAACGCUCACUCGUUUGGUCGUGUUUACACGGACAGAGAUUUGAGAAUUCGUUUCUUCCCUUUUUCCGAAAGGUUGCUGUUCGAGACAGAGCAUGUCAUCUCCUUCGGACUGCCUUGUUUUUAGGUCUGGAUGGCAUUCGAGAACAUUGACGUUUGAACCAGAACCACCAGAGCAACUCAGGACAGCGCUUGAUUCAAAGUGUAUGCAAGCCUUCACAUCCAGUCCUGUGUCUUUAUUAUCAACCGAGAAGAAAAUCAAGGAUGUAUCAUGUAACGUUUCAUCAUUGCUUGUGAUCGGAAGUUUCUGCAAAAGGAUCAAACGAUUUUUUUUUACGGAGUCAGAACUUUCGGUUCAGUUCAUGUCUUGCAGUCUGACUCUAGAUCGGUCCUUUGCAUCGAACGGAUGUUUGAACAUACAGUUAUUUGCUUGCAUUAGCAUUUUUUUAUGUUUGUUUUUCUUUUCUUUUUUGGUACAUUUGAAAUCAAAUGGUCUUAACCUCAACUUUAAAGUGGUACUUAAAGUGGUAAGCUGUCAUCUGACGUUUCUUUAGAUGCGAGAAAAAAAACAAAAAAAACAUACGUGAUCUAAAAGAAACCAUAUGCGUGUUUCUGGCAAGCAGUGUUUGAAUGUGUGUCUGUAUUGAUGCUAGAUUUUUCUUUCUUCUUUCUUUUUUCCUUUUUCAUUGUUUUAAGAAAAAAA